AUGUCUGACACCGUACCAACGUUCUCCCUGGAGGAGUUAAAUGCUCUCUCCCCAGAGCAAAAAGAUGCUGCCAUGUACAACGCCAUCAAGGCGUUGACGGAGGAAGUCGCCGGACUCCGGCGUCGGGUUGCCGAGCUGGAGAGGCACCAGCACCAGUACCAGUACCAGUACCAGCAGCAACAGCAACAGCAACAGCAAGCAGCAGCACUUCCGGCUGCUUCCCCUCCCGCCGCCACCGGCACCACCGCCGAAAAGCGGUGUUAUGUUUGCCAUGAGCCAGGGCACGUCAAACGACAAUGCCCCGAGCGGGCCAACCGGGCCGACCAACCCACGCCGGUCCCCAAUUUUCAAGGGGCGAAUGUUAAAAUUUUUAACAUUUAUAAGGGGAAGGGGAAGGAUCAUGGGCGGGCGCUCUGA